UCUCUGUCCAAGCAAAAGCAACCGAUCAUCAUCCCUUAUCAAAACGCUGCGUUUUGGUUGACCCCUAAGCUGAAGGUACCCAAUCACCGUUUACACAGAAGGAUUCAAUCUCUCGGUUCACAAGAAACAAUCUCGAUCAAUGACUGAGUUCAAGCAGAAAAACGUGUAUGGGGGGGCAUCAAGGAGAGAGAAACCCAGAGGGCGUCAUGGGUUAACUACGCAGAAGAAGCAAGAGAUAAAAGAAGCUUUUGAUCUUUUUGACAUUGAUGAGUCAGGCACUAUUGAUGCCAAAGAGCUGAGUUUGGCCAUGAGGGCCCUGGGCUUUGAAAUGACAGAUGCGCAAAUUGAACAAAUGAUUAAAGAUGUUGACAAGGAUGGCAGUGGUGCAAUAGAUUUUGAUGAAUUUGUGUACAUGAUGACUACCAAGAUUGGAGAAAGGGAUACUAAGGAGGAGCUCAUGAAAGCCUUCCACAUUAUUGACCUAGAUAAAAAUGGAAAAAUAUCUGCCACAGACAUCCAUCGUGUUGCAAAGGAAUUGGGUGAGAGCUUCACUGCAAAUGAGAUUGAAGAAAUGAUUCGAGAAGCAGAUCAAGAUUCUGAUGGUGAAGUCAAUCUUGAGGAGUUCAUGAAGAUGAUGAAGAGAACUACAUAUGGGUACUAGGAGUUCAAUUUUAAGCUCACUGUAUGGUGUUCAGAGGCCCAUCUUAUGUAGAAAGAUUGGUUCUGGUCUGCUGUAUUAGUGCUAUGGAUUUAUAUUAAGAAAAUGACAAUGUUGGCUUGGAUGAAUUAUGGAUAUGCACAACUUUUUAAAAUUGUAAUAUGAUUCAACUUAUUUUGAUCAUAUGUUGAUAAAAUCCUCUCUUGUCUAUGGGAA